AUGAGGCUUCAUAUACCACAACUAAAACUGCUCUUGCUAUCACUAUACCACUACAAGUUCUUUUGCUUUUACUCUGGAACCGUCCAACCCAUCCUGGCAGCCCGAUUCUGGGUCCCAAAGGGUCAAAGCAGGUUUUACCGCCAAUACGGACUGAUAGUACGAGAGGCUUUUCAAGAGAGCUCCUCUCCUAUUUCGGAAAACAGAGAUUCUCGCCGUGAAGGUUACCAGCCUAUUCCUGUAACUACCAAUCUUGCACCUUCGGCAAGUUCGCAGGCCUUGCCUCCAUUAUCUGGCCCUGAGCCUAGCACAACCGGUACUAUUGACAUUGUCUCCAACACAGUUAACAGUGCAGGAAAGACAUCAUUUCCGACUAAUUCAACGCCUAACCAAACAGCAAUUACCGCGCCAUCUGGGCUUGAGGCAAACCAGUCAGACACGUCUACCAUGGCUCCAUCAGAUAUUUUCGGGACGCCAAUCGCAACUAGCCCCCCUGCGCCUUACUUCCCAGUCCAAAAAGACCACCCCCGUCCUCGAACUGGUAUCAAGGGCUCUCCGCCAAUAGGCACGAACAAAUUCUACGCCAACUUCUUUCUCGCUAAUCAGACGCAGCCCACAUACGUCCACCCGUAUUCAAUCGUUUGGUCGAAGGGUCAGGGGGCCUCGUCCAGCUGGGGGUUGGCGAUCUCACAUAUCGAGGCAAACCAGAGAGUCUAUGGUCCACCUUCAAACGACACGGGAGCCGCUCAAUAUUUCCUAAAUCCCGUUGGUAUUCAUUCGCUAUGCUUGUCAGCGGCGGAACUUGGGCCAAGUACUAAUUUGACUACCGAUAACCUGUCUGCACAUUCAGCCAACGUCAAUCUGCAUGCUGACGCCAAAUCGAAACCCUUAAUCACAUUUCCAUUAGUGCAAGGUAUGGCGUUCGUUACAGCCGUCUAUAAAGGGAGUACUCCGGUUAUCAACACCGGCGUCUACUUCAAGACAGUUACGAAAUCGAUCAACGGGCCGAAGGAAGGUAUGACCAAAUACACGUUGUACCUAGAAGAUAGCACGGUCUGGCAUGUGUAUGCCUAUUCGGCUAAAGGUGACACGUUUGAUCUAUCGGUGGUCAACAACAAAAUGGCCAAGGCCGAGAAACCAUACGACGGCAUCGUUCAGGUUGCAAAAGACCCCGGAAACGGUGCCGAGACCGCAAUAGACGCUGCAUCUGGGGCAUACCCGGUGAACGUUACACUCUCUGGAUCGACGUCCGGUUCGAAAGGCACCUAUACAUUUACCUUCGAGAAAGCGGGAUUUUCGAACGUCAAAUUGUUGAUGUACGCUCUACCUCAUCAUGUUGAUUCCUUUGACAGUGCCACGCAUAGUAGUAAAUCGAAGGCGCAGCUGCAAACUACCACAAAGGGUAUGGCGGUAGGAGUCGUUGCGGAUUCGUGGACGAUGGUCGAGCCUAAUAUGCCCGUCUCGAUGGGAUUCGCUCCCUGGCAUCCUGUUGACGGCGAGAAGAAAGCUUUGAGUGACUCAGCAAUCAACCAUAUCACCAAGGUAGCCGCGAAUGAAGCGGGUCAGAGUGUGGAUCAACAAUCGGACCAGAAUUCAAUGUACUUCGGUGGGAAGGCGCUCGCAAAAUUCGCUGGAAUCUCUUUCGUAUCGAAGGAUUUAUUAAAGAACGAGAAUUUGGCUCAGAGUGGAUUGAAAAACCUACAAGCUGCUUUUAGCCGUUUUGCAACCAACAAGCAGCAAUUUCCAUUAUACUACGAUAGUGCUUGGGGAGGCCUAGUUUCUUCUGCGACCUACCAAACCGGGAACGAGGGUGCGGACUUCGGCAAUACUUACUAUAACGACCAUCAUUUCCAUUACGGCUACUUCAUAUACGCCGCCGCCAUCAUCGGCUACCUUGACCCCUCCUGGCUCACCAAGGGCAACGUUGACUAUGUAAAUACACUAGUCAGAGAUAUCGCCAAUCCCUCUCAUUUGGAUAAGCACUUCCCCGUUUCUCGCAAUUUUGACUGGUACCAUGGCCACAGCUGGGCUCACGGCCUCUUUGAAACCGCCGACGGAAAGGACCAAGAGUCGAGCUCGGAAGAUGCGAUGCAUGCCUAUGCCAUCAAGAUGUGGGGGAAGACAAUCAAGAACGCGAAUAUGGAAGCUCGGGGUAAUUUGAUGCUAGCCAUUCUCGCCCGUUCUUUGAACAAGUAUUAUCUCUAUACCGAGGAAAAUGACGUCCAGCCUCCAGAAUAUGUUGGAAACAGGGUUGCUGGUAUUCUAUUCGAAAACAAAUGUGAUCACAACACAUAUUUCGGAUCGAAUAUCGAGUAUAUCCAAGGCAUCCAUAUGAUACCGCUUCUACCAAGUACGAGGCUCACUCGAUCCGCUAAGUUCGUAAAGCAAGAGUGGGCGACGUACUUCGAUAACGGAAGAGCCGACAACGCUGAAGGAGGUUGGAAGGGGAUUCUCUACGGCAAUUUAGCUACCGUUGACCCCAAGUCGGCGUGGGAUUUCUUCACGAGGGAGGACUUCGAUCAAAUGUGGCUGGACGGAGGCGCCUCGCUGACGUGGUACCUGACGUACUGCGCAGCGAUUCUCAUGAUUUCCAUGGGACAUAGACGACGCUCACUGGAUGAGCAGUGGAGAUGGCUGGACAUAUCGAGGGCCUUGAUGGCCUGUUGA